AUGUGCAUCCCCUCAAAAGAAUUAGUUCUUCAUACAAUUUCGUACGGUGUUCGUUUAAUUAAAGCAAAAACUAUAUAUGUAUCUACUGAUAAUGAUCCUAUGUUGUCAUUAAUUCGCCGUCACUUUAGUGAUACAACUGUAAAACGUGUUGUGUGGGAACCUAAUCGAAAACCUGAAGAAGAUUUGGCAUUGUUAGGUAGAAUCGAUUUAGCUAUCCUCAAUUGUGUGUCAACUUACUCUGCUGCGGUGAAACGUGAACGGGAUGCAAAGAAUUUACCCAGUAUGUUUUUCGGAUUAACUAUUGAAAAUCAAAGAGGAUUGGAAGUAUUGUGUAAUUCGACUAAUAAAGCUGUCAACUACUGGUGGUCGAAACUGUACCAAAAAUAA